AUGUGUCUUCAGGUUUGGGGCCUUCUCUGCCGCAAAGACGAGCUUAUACGCCCAAGUCAGCAUCUACUCGACAAUCAUCCAGAUUUAGCACCCCGAACUCGGGCUGUUCUUGUUGAUUGGAUGAUGGAGGUCUGUGGGAGCGAGAAACAACACCGAGAGACAUUUCACUUGGCAAUAGACUAUGUUGAUAGAUUUCUCGCAAGUUUUCAUGGUAUCAGGUCACAAACGUUUCAGUUGGUUGGUACCGCGGCGUUAUUUCUUGCGAGCAAGUACGAGGUAUACUUAUUUCCUUCUAUUAGUAAGUUUUCACAGGCACAAGCUCGAGAAAAUGGAAGCUACUAUCUUGCUCUGAAAUGUUUACUGUGUUGAAA